AUGAGGAGUGUAAUGCCAGGAUUAGUGGGAGAGUCCCAGAGUGCCUUCGUGAAAGGAAGGAAGAUACACGAUGGAGCUUUAAUUGCAUGCAAAACGGUACAUCGGCUAAAACGACAAAGAAAGGCAGCAGCGAUUAUCAAACUGGACUUCCACAAAGCCUACGAUAGAGUUAAAUGGUGCUUUUUUUAUACGGUGUUAGAGAAAAUGGGUUUCGGCAUGGAUGUGCUCAACAGAAUGAUCGGCGAGGCAGUGAGAAACGGUCGCAUUUCCCCACUGUUGGUCGGUAGGGAUGAUAUUGAGUUAUCACACUUACAGUUUGCAGAUGACACAAUAUUAUUAUGCCCGCCAGAAGAGGGGAUAGUGAGGAGUUAUAAGAGACUUCUAAGGUGUUUCGAGGUUAUGUCGGGACUGAGCAUUAACUUUGAGAAGUCUAGCUUGAUACCAGUGAAUUACAGUCAGGAGUGGACCAGUCGGAUGUGUCAGAUGCUUGGAUGCCAGGAAGCAACCCUGCCAGUGAGGUAUCUUGUUAUUAGCCUAGGAGCAAAUCCGCGCCUACCAGUGUACUACCUGAGCCUGUAUAAGAUGCCGAAUGUGGUUGCUCGAAGAAUCAUUUCUUUACAGAGGCGAUUCUUCUGGGGGAAAGAUGACGGACGACCUGGCAUGGCUCUUGUGAAAUGGGAGGUGAUCCAGGCACCAAAGAAGCUAGAAGGGCUGGGAGUGGGUGAUGUAGUGGUUCACAACAUUGCUUUACUGUUUAAAUGGUGGUGGCGUUUCUCGAAGGAGGACUGUCCGUUGUGGAAGAAGAUUAUCUUGCAGGAAGCGACUAUGGAUGAGGAGAUUCUGAGGUACAGAUUCACAAAAGAGAUUUGGAGAGGUUUAGUUCUGCCUAGAGUUGAGUUAUUCUCUUGGUUUGCUCUGAUUGGCCUGAUCAACACAAAGGACCGGCUUAGUAGGUUGGAUAUCCUGGGACCACCUAAUAAUCUGUGUGUGUUGUGUAAGAAAGCAGAUGAAAGUGUUCAUCACCUGUUGAUCUCGGAAAUAAGGAUUCAACAACUGAAGGCACAACUCAAGAACAUGAAGAUGCAUGGAUUGACCGCUACAGAAUAUCUUCAAAGAAUCCGCAAGGUAGAUGCACUUGCUGGUAUUGAACAUCUUCUUUCAUUAAAUGAGCAUAUCACUGCUAUUACUGAUGGUGUCAGUGAAGAGUAUGCCAUGUACAUAUCAUCAAUCAUGACAAGAUCUGGUGCAAUUUCACUAAUUGAGGCAGAAGGCUUGCUUCUGGCACAUGAGGAUAUGUCUGAAACUGAAAGUAGGGAUGGAAGUGAGUCAAGUCAGCUCAUGAGCUAG